AUGGCAAAAGGUCAAAAGUCGUCUGCAUCUAGUGCGACGCGCAAGAAACAUGCAGCGAAGCAUGGUGAACCCCAACUCCCGCCUGCGCCAAAACAGAAAGGAACGAAGAAAUCUAAGGAGCCAAAACAGAAAGUGUACAUUCCUCCACCAAAAUAUACGCCCCUGCAGCCAGACCCACUGGACACGCUGGGGCUGGUGCAUUCGUUGCCUGCGGAAUUGGUCGUCGUGCUCCGGAGACUGGGGAAGAAGGAUGUGACUACCCGAUCAAGGGCGUUGACGGAGCUGGGGGAAUGGGUCAUGCGCGCUGGAGCGGAAGAACAGGGAGGUCUUCAGGCCGCAAUCCCAGUUUGGUACCACCACUUUCCCGCGCUCCUCAUCCACCCAUCCCGUUCCCUCCGACUCCAAACACUUCAAGCCCAAGCCCUCCUCCUCUCCUCCCCUCUGCGAGCCCAAGUACUCGGGUAUGUAGUAGAUGCACCGGAAGAAGAACAAGAACGGGUGUUGGGGUGCUGGGGAUUGGCGGCUUUCGAUCCCGAUAGAGGGGUGGGGCAGGUGGGAAGGGGUUCUUGGGAGGAGGGUAUUUCCUGGGCGAGCUCGAGCUCUAGCACGGGAUCCGGUGAAGGGGACGAUGGACUCCAGACAACGGAAGGCAAAAAAACAGAACAGGCAGAACUCCUCCUCACCCCCACCUCCCUAGCACCUCAACUCCUAGCCUUCCUCUCCAAAACCCUUUAUUCCCCUCUUUCAACCUACCACCAACUACACCCUCCCUCUGCACCUGCCCCUCCGUUACCUACAAGAGGCGCCAAACACCCGCUGCCGCAGAAAGAGGAGCCGAGGCGGGAGGAGCUUGAGCUGGAAUUGGAGGAGGAGAGAGUGGGGAGACUGAGGACUGGGGCGCUGGGCGCUUUGGCGUGGGUGCUUGAAACCUAUCCUCGGGCACAGGAUCAGGGUUUGCCUGCAGGAGCGGAAGAACUACUUCUCUCGCCGCUGUUCUGGACACACUUGUCGCCGCUUAGGCACCCGCCUUGGCUCAGCGCCCAAGACGGCACAAACGAAGAAGAGGGUUUCGGAUACUCGCAGAUAGGUGUGAGGAGAGCAGCCUGGGGAGUGCUUAACGUCCUCCUAAGCAAAUGGGCUGUCCUCCCCUCUGCUGUCCGACCAACAGCCUCCAGUUCCACACCACAAGAACCCCCACAACUCGCGAAAAUCCUUUCACGCGCUGUGCUCAGGAGUGCGUGGGUCGAGCCGGAACCUGGGGUGAGGGGGGCAAUGUGGGUCCCUCUGUUGAGUUUCUUGACCAAAUUUCCCGAGGCUUGGGAGGUUGAGGAUAGGUCUGUGGAAGAUGGGGAGGAAGAGGACGAAGAGGAAGAGGAAGAUGGCGACGAAGCAGAAGAAGAGGAAAGAACUACACCGACUCCGCCACGAACCGACCCCUCUGCCCCGCUCAUCCCCUCUCCCUCCCCCGCCUACUCGGAAUUCCUCGACUUCCUUCGAACAGCCUGCCGGGGCUCCCCCACUUCCGGCUAUCCGACAGUCCUAGUGAUCCUCUCCACUCUCCCUCCCUCUAUCCUCCCCCUCUCCAGGCCUUCUUUGCUCGAACUCUUCCGCGCUUUUCGCGCUGUGUCCGACGACCAUAUACUCCGGGCUAACGACCUUCUUGGACAACGGGCAUUCCUUGCCGCACUAUUGGAAAGCAUGGUCUAUCUUUCUGGCAAAGCUUGGAACGCUACUCCGCUGUACCCACACGCGAGCAGGGAAGGCGUACAGUAUCUUAUCGCGCAGGAAUUCGAGCGUCUCACCAGUCUUCUCCUGGAGAACCCUAUCCUCCUGGGGGACGCCGACAUAGGACGUACGAUCGCCCCCACCCUUGUUCGCCUCUCGACUGUGGACGCGGUGUUAUUCUCGACAGCCUGGGUACCGCUCACGACCAAGCUUUCUCAGUCUUCUGCUCCUGGCGUGCCCAAGCUGCUCAGUACGCUCCACACGGCCGUCCAUGGCACACCCUGCGAACCGGCAUUGCGAGAGUUUGUGCUCCAGUACGCAGGGAGCACCCUCGCAGCAGUAAACUGGGAGGGUACGCGUCCUAUAGCCGAAGGAGCGGCAGAAGCAGAAGCAAGGGACAGCCUUUUGGGCAUGAUGCAACAUUUCGCUCCUCUUCUGUGCUCCGACCCCGCGUUUGACCAGACGUUAACGGCGAUGCUUCACGAGCACCUGCCGGCGCUCAUCUCUGCCCGCGCGUUCGGCCCAAAAGAGGCGGCGGCGCUGCUAGUGCAUCACCUGAAUCAUGCCCGCACAGAGGAGGCGGACGACAUGUGGAGCGCAGUCCUCUCGGAGGUCGGGGAUGCAGGCGUUGGAGAGGGAUACGAUACUCGCGUACUACAGGAACUGUAUCGUUCUGUCUCGCAAGGGGUGCUCUCAAGGCCGCUGCAUCCCAAAUCGGAACUGAGAAAUUUGGCGCUUGACCUCUUGCUUCAUUCUAAGCGGAACCAAGGGGAUGUGCCACUGAGCAGUCUAUUGAGGUAUCAUGAACGUUUCUUGGACGAGGAGACGACGAACGUGCUAUUGCGUUCCCUUGGCCAGCUAUUUAACGAAUCCCUCCAGCAGAGCCUGCGGUCUUCUGAACAUGAGCAAAGGCUCCCUCAUCUCCUGAGCACAUUGCACAGUAUUCCCCUCUCCCUCAGAGUGAAGAGCGUCGACCUCACGGAAGGGAUUAUUCCAUCCCUCUUCUUGGCUGCUUUCGUUCUUCCUUGUUGUCAUCCUAACUCCACGACGACUGCUAUAACACGGCAAGUGUUUGAUCAAUGGCUUGGUCCUGCUCAGGGAUCGAAAGAAAAGGUCGUGGAAGAAGUUCGACAGGCGGUGCGACAAUGCAUUGAGGACGUGUCGGUGAUCGCCAGACCUUCGGAAAUAUUCGACGCAUAUGCUCAGCAUAUGUCUCUGCUGAACCCUACACCACAAAGAGGGGACUUGCUUCCACCCCGCGUCUUCCAGAAACAUCUGGACGAGCUGCUACACACGCACUUCGACCCUGUCCUGUCGGCGGUCGACUUUUUAAUUCCAGCUACCUCAGUUGAUAGACCUACGAAAGCAGGACACUCGGACACUCGCUCGUAUACCGUAUACGCACGGCUGACAGAAGCGCUGUCCCAAGCCCUCACAGGUGGAAAGUCUGUGGCUUUGCCAUCGAGCGCAUACUGGGCUGUGCAACAUCUCUUGACUAUUUCAAUUUUGGCACACGACUUUGUUUCGGAGCCAGGUCUCGUCAAUGUCGCAUUUGGACCCGAUGCGAAUAUUUCAGACCUGCAGAAGCUGAUCAACCUGGUGGACCGGGUUGUCCCGCAUACAUUCUCCUCAUCUGUUGGAGAUCUUCCGUCCGCCUGGCAUCAAUCGACCAUCGCUCAUCUGAGGAAACCGCACGGACAAGCAGAUCACCCGGAAGAUCAUCUCGCAACCCUGGUAGUCGAAGUGUAUUCAAAUGCCAUACAUGGCAAGUCGGUGCUGGGUGCUCGCGUGCUGCGACACAUUCUGGAGCAAAUUGCUCGGAGAUCUACUAUUAUAGAUCUCGAACGCUGGUUGGCGAUGGCACAGAACAUGGAAGAUAAACAUCCAACUGUUGCUAUGAGCAUAAUCCUGGCUAUCAAGGACCCUCUCGCUGAAUCACCAAGGCUGAAUCGCUACCACAACGAACUUGCUAGCCGUCUGUCUGGCGUUCCGCCGUCCCGAGCUGACUCGCAUGGUCUGCCCCUUCUUCGCCUGCUCAUCGCCUCCGCCCCGUCACCUGAUUCACUCAGUCCAUUCAUACCCCAGCAGCGCACUAUAUUCCUCAUCCAAGGUUUGCAGAAGUGGAUGUUGAGUGACGAAGAUCUAGAUGAGGAAAUAGAUCGCCGUUUAGGCGACCUACUCGAAGUUUUGGCACCGGUCAUACUCGACGUUCCUGGUGCUCACUGGGACCUGAUAUUCGAGCUAUUGGAGAGCAACUUGGAAGCGAGCACGUCGGGAGACCUUGAUCUCCCCAUGCUGUACAGCUCACUCAAGCUGGUUGGGACUAUUCGAGAACUUGCUGUGGCCAGCAGCGUGCUACGAGAAGCAUGGGCGGACCAUGAGAGCCAGGCCAUGCAGGUAGUUCGAGAUAUUUUCCUCUCUAAACUCGACGUGGAUCAACGGUCACAAUUGCAGCGCGCAUGCCGUGAUCGCGUGAUCGAACUUGCACAAGCACUUCCGCCUUCAUUGGUGGAUGACACGACCAUGCAGGCGAUGUAUGCCCGGCUGUCAGACGCGUCUGUUGAAGUGCAGAAGACCGCAUAUCACCUGCUACACACAGCAAUACCCAAGAUCACUGAGCAGCGCGUAGUAGAGGCGGCCGUCGGGACAUCGGGAGUGUCUGAGGAAGAAGAUUCUGUCCCUCAGCCUCUGUUUAACCUUCCCCCAGAACUCAUCACUCUGCUAUUGGAGCCAUUGGAAGUGAUCGACGAGGACGAUGUUUCUGCGUCGGAAACCUUUGGGAGGCUUUUGGGUUGGAUGGUGUUAUUUGACUUCUUCGUAGAUGCUUCUCCGGCACUGAAAUCAAACUAUGUCGAGCAACUCCGGAGUGGAGAACUCCUUGGGCGUUCCCUCUUCCCUUCGCUCAUUCCCCUACUUCCCAUCCUCAAGACCGGCCGACCGCUCAAAGUCGAGCUCUGGAAUAUUGAAGAGUUUCACGUUGCUUUCUACUCUGCUUCAUCCCCUUUCGCCCUCUCCGUGUUAGCAGCACACCUGUUCUACCGUGCGCUCUCUACCAUCCCUUCGCUCGUCCGCACUUGGUGGAUGGACAUCAAGGACCGACAUCUCUCUACUGCGCUUGCGUCAUUCGCCAGCUCCCACUUCUCUCCACUCCUCGUCAACGCCGAAUUUGCCAAGCUGAAACUGCCAGCGGCGGAAGAAGAGCUGGCACACGAGAGCCUCUCUCUCAAAGUGCUUACAAAUGUCAAUGAGGUCAGUGUAACGUACACUAUCGACGAACAGCAGAUGGAGCUCGGGAUUCGCCUACCCCCCGAUUUUCCCCUACAUGGUGUUGAGGUUCGAGACAUCAAGCGGGUUGGGGUGCCUGUGGAAAAAUGGAGGCAGUGGAUGUUACAAGUGCAGCAGACGAUUACGAGCCAGAACGGGUUCUUGCUCGACGCGCUCGUGCUGUUUAAGAAGAAUGUCACGCUGUACUUUGAAGGUGUGACGGAGUGUGCGAUCUGUUAUUCGGUCAUUAGCACAACAGAUCGUUCCCUGCCGACAAAACCGUGCAAAACGUGCAGGAAUCUGUUCCACAACAGCUGCCUCUACAAGUGGUUCAACACGAGCAACCAGACUAUCAUCGCCCUUAUGGUCGUCUGUAUCAGUAUGCUCGCAUACUCCCACCGGCGAUUCCGCGCCUCCCUGGAAGGUGACCGUUCCUGUGAACGCGCAGAACGCACAGAACUCGAAGCGCGCGAGUUCACCUGGAGAGCUCAUGCUAGCAACGACACCCUAACGAUUGGUGGUGUUCCCCGUCCUCCGCCUGCUCAGCGUCCGCAGGUGCUGACUUCCGCCUCUUCCCAACAAAUGGAACUUCAAUGGCGCCCCGUCGGUCCGAAUUGUGUCGCAGCACGGUACGUGCCACGCGUUCCGGUCGAACCCCCAGUGCGGACGACACUCUGGCGUUUCCCCGGUCUUUCAGAGACAGAGAGGCCCCCUCCGACGGAGACGAUCAGACAGACUGCAGAGGGAGGGGACCCACCUGGAUAUUCACAAGCUGGGAGGGAUACCUUACUCAGCCCUGGGGCGGGGAGGUGGGUCGAGCGGGUAGACGUCCCUCAGCGUGCAAUCUCCAGGCAGAACAACAACCAAGCUCGGUACUUCCUGCUCCUAGCCUUGCGCUGGCUUGAGUGGCUCAAGAUUGUGCCCCUGUCUAACGAACUCGGAAUGACGCUCAACCGUACCGCAUUAUCAGCGGCCGUCGCCUUUUCAAUCAUCGCGUUCCUCGCGCUCCUGAUCUUCGUCUUUCUAUGUUGGGCGGGACGCUGCGUCCCAGCCGAGAAACCUCGAGUCAGCCGGCGCACUCUGGAGGCACUUACUGGCGGAGAAGUCAAUGUCCGCCGGUCAGGACAACGACAGGAGAAUAUCGAAUUGCAAGCAAUGGAAGAGGGCGCUCGGCAGGGGGUUGUCCGACUACCAGAACCGACAAGGGAAGGAGACGAAUUACCAACUUAUCAGGCUGCCGCCAAGGAUGAAGUGAUUCAGCUCCCGCGCCCACUUCCACCCGCACUGACGAGUGGAUCGCUUCCUCCUCUAUACGAAGAGAAUCGCCGAACCGGGCCGGACGAUGGGGCAAGUACAGGGGUGGAAGCUGGCAUGACUUGAUUCUUCGCCAUGUGUGUAGAUAUCAGCUACGGUACAUAGCAUGUGUACUGAAUCAUUGCCUCGAAUGUCGCCCUCGAACGGAUAUAUUGCGGCGAUUCCCUCUUCUACUUUCACGUUUGCUUCGUGAUAGUCCGCUCUAACAUUUCUACUUCUUGACAUUGGUUAUGCCGAGCCAAUUGAUAUUUUCUAUGGCAAUGAUGCCUUCGAUGAGCUUUUGGCUUUCCUCAACUAGUGGCGGAGAAAUACGGAGCAGUCGAAGCGGAGAAGAGGUGGCUUGGCGUUGAAUGAUAUAAUUGAGCACUUCUGAUCGAGUACGAUCCACAUCGGGUACAAAAGUAGAUCCCAUCAUUAAUUGAACGGAAAGAGUGUCAAGUAAUGGAAGGACAGCAGCGUUAUCUUGAGACAUUCUCACAAGGCAGGUGACGACACUUAUCACAGUUAACGGACCCGCCAGCGCAAGUUUGGCGAGAUCAGGAAGCUGCGAUAACAACCGUCUCAUCACAUC